AUGGUCGGGCAGGCGUUGACUUCAAUUGCUAUCGUUGGUGGUGGACCCGGGGGGCUAGCAACGGCGAUUGCUCUCUCGGAACUGCCAUUCCUAAAGGUGACACUGUAUGAGAAAAAUACAGAGCCCCGAGAGGCCGGGGCAGGUAUUAGUCUGAGCACGAAUGCGUGGAGAGUUCUGGAUUUACUUGGAGCCAGUGACGGGGUCGAGGGAGGUUCUAAAGCCAAUACACACCAAAGAAAUGCCUACACGGGGAGGGUCUUGAACGUCACUCGACAUCCUGAAAAUUCGGCUGCAGAUUCUCGCGGAGCAAUCCGUGCUCGCAGAACCCGACUGCAGUCAGCUCUCCUAUCUCGAGUACCGGAGGGUUUGAUCCAAUUUGACAAGAAGGUGGUAUCUUUGGAGAAUAUUUCGGACCACGGAGUUCGUUUGGUCUUCCAGGAUCAAACGGAGGCGAUCGCAGACAUUGUCGUUGGGGCAGACGGGCUACACUCUGUUGUUCGUAGGGUCCUAUUACCUGAUCAUCAGCUUCGCUUUACAGGUAACAGUGCAUUCCGUGUUCUUGUUCCGAAGUCUCAUCUAGCUCAUAUCCCGGACAUCACGACUACAACGUCAUGGUGGUGGGGCGAAGAUGGCCAUGUAUAUCUCUCCGAUGUGGAUGAUGAGGGAGAGACUAAAGAUCCGCAUUUUGAAAUCACCGUUCGCUCCUAUCGUGAGCCUGAAGUCUCAGGGAAGACAGUCUUUUGGGGCAUCCCUGCCACCAACGAGAAAGUGGGAUCGCGCGUCGAGAAAUUCGACCACAGAAUAAGAGACGCAGUAAGCGCGGUGACUGAGGGAGAAUGGCGGGAGUUUGCGACAUUCGCUGGACCUCGUCUGGACAAGAUCACCCACUGGGGUAAGGUCGCCCUCAUCGGAGAUGCCAGUCACCCUCUUUCCGGCGCGUUUGGUUCUGGGGCGACGUUUGCCAUGGAAGAUGGUUGGAUCCUCGCACGGGCGCUCGAGUUUACUCGGUUUGCUUCUCAUCCUGCGCGCGACGCUCUCCAGAUCUUUGAGCAAAUCCGGGCUCCGUACUAUGCCAAGAUGUAUCAGCAUCUAGACGAAAUACGUGAUAAAACGCAACAACUCCAAGCACAGGAGAAGGAUUUUGAUGUCUUUUUGCAAGCCAAGAUUGACUCUUUCCUUUACGGAGAUAAGGAUUUCAUUUAUCAGAAUGACAUCAAGAAAGUAUGGGACGAUUAUCUUGUGGCAGAGCAGACAAGGUUGUAA